CACCAUGCUGAUGGGUUGCGGCGCCAUAUGGAAUCUGUUCACAGUGGGAUAAAGUACAAGUGUGGUGAAUGUGGCCUAGAGACAGCCAGCAAGUACUACCUGAAACAGCAUUUAAAGAAGCAUUCUGGACCCAAAGAAUUCAAGUGUAGCAGUUGUGAUUACGUCAAUACAAACGAGGUGGAGAUGAAGAGCCACAUUAGUGACCUUCAUCCCGAAAUGACUUCUGUUGAACUUGAAUUGAUUUUAGGGAGGAAGGCAAGGAUUCAGGGAAAGCUUGGCAGGAGACCUUACAAGUGUCCGUACUGCAGUAAGCUUUUUGUGCGAGGAAAUUCAGACCUCAAGAGGCAUAUCUGGGCCCACAAGGGUAUCAGUCCAUUCAAAUGUCAGAUUUGCGGCCACGGCACUCGUACCAGAAGCAAUCUGAAAGCACAUAUGAUCAAGCAUUCGGAUGCCAAGAAUCACCUUUGUGAUGAGUGUGGGAAAUCCUUCAAAACCAAAAAUAGCCUGCAGGUUCACCAGAUGGGACACAAGAAUGAGAAAAACUACAAGUGUGAUUAUUGUGAUUAUACCGCCAUCCAACCUGCUCACCUUAAAAGGCAUUUAGAGACCCAUGGAGGUCUAAAACCAUUCAAGUGUACCGUAUGCAACAAUUAUACAUGCAACAAUAAGGGUACCCUGAGAAGCCAUUAUAGUAAGAAGCACCCAGGGGAGCCAUUCAAAGAGGACCAAAUACCUGAGUACAUAGAUAUGGGGGAUAACGUUGAGAGACAGCUCGGUGGAAUGCCACAAUUGCACUCAUUGCCAAUAUGUCUUUGGUAAUAAGUGGGACCUGAGAGCACACUUGAAAAAGAAACACAAGAUUGAUCCAAGUGGUUCUGCAGUGUUAAACGCCGCCAUGCAGCAAGUUGUUCCCAUUGACAUCAUCUCUGCCGUUGGUCACUCAAGUACAGUGCAAGACGAAGUGGCUGGGUCAACGCUACAAAAUGUGGACCAAGGUCUGCAGUACACUGAUCCAUCUCAGAUUCAAAUACAGUCAACAGAUCGGAAUGCUGUUAACAUUUUACAACAGUUGAUGGGGAUGCAGGACCUGGCUGCUGUCGCUACUGCAGUCGCUGAUGGUACGGUCACUUCAGAUGCCCCUACAUUUACAACUGCGUCAGAGACUCAAACAGCACUGGUGUCCACCUCAGAAGGUCAAACAUAUGUAUCCACACCGGAGGGACAGACUUAUGUAGCAAUUACUCCAGAUGCUCAGGGAUUCGUGGCAGUUGCUCCAAAUUCAGUAGUUGUCCAGCCAACGCCUGAUGCUGUCACUGAGCAAGUUGUAGAAGAAACCUCCACUGAAGAUAACAAGAAUUCCUAUGUGCUUCUUGUUACCCAAACCCAGGAUGACUAAAUAAUUCUAAUUUAGAAUCUUUACACAUGUGGUGUAGUGUGGUGUAGUGAAAUGUAUAUCACAUUCGAACUGCAAUUUAUUUAUUGAUUUGGCCAUGUACAAAGUAUUGUUUUUCUUUAAUAUUUCUCUAUAUUAACAUAUUGUCAUGGUGACGUUGAAUACAGUUACAGACCAUUUACAUGUUUCUGUGUGCUUGAAUACAUCAUCAAGUUCCAACAUGUCUGCCAUGCAUUUUAUCCAUGGUGGGUCAAUUGUAAAGUAAAUAAAUUUAUACUAGUGCAGCAG